AUGGAUACACAUGCUCGGGAAUUUAUGGAAUUCCAUCACACCCUGGACGGUGUAAUGAAGAGUAUAGACAGACGGGGAAUAGGUGUUAUUAAAUGUCAAGCUGAACCAUACACAGAUGAUGAUGAAAACAAAUUGUGGGAUAAGGUUUUUUCCAUAGAGUCUGCUACAAAUUUGAGUUAUGCGGUCUACUUUUAUGUGUGUAAAGUGUUCGCUCUCCGAGCAGUCGACGAACAUAGUAACCUUACAGCCGAACAGUUCGUACAAGGAUCAGACAAUCAAGCUGACUAUAUUGAAUUUAAUGGUAGACCGUGUAAAAAUAAUCAAGGACUGUAUUACUCGCGGAAAAUCCCGUAUAAAAAUGUGCGCCAAUACGGCGUUCUUUCCAACACGCGUUGUGUUGUUCAGUUAUUGAAACGUUAUUUGCAAUGUAUUCCACCGAAAGGUCCCUUCUACCGACGUCCAGCGGAGGGCUCAAAUUUUAUAAACAGAAGAUUGGAGUAA